CUUUCCGAACUUCCAUACAAGCUUCUAAAAUGGUUUACUUAAUUAUUUUUUGUCUUCACUUCAAUUUAUGUACUUGGUGUUGCAAAAUUAGUUGCACAUGAAAGGUUUGCUUGUCCUAGCUUCAGGUUAUAGGCUAAGAGGAGCCUGUUUGGAUUGGUGGUAUUUUUGAAGAGUUUUGGUAUUUAGUUAAAAUGUGCAAUAAUUAUGGCGGCUCCUAAAUAAAUGCCUCUUAUCCAAACAUCCCUUGAACAACAAAGCAAAGGAUAAACGGCCAGCACUAUGAUGCUCGGCGAUGGCCGGACAACACUCUUCUGGGACGACCGAUGGAUAAACGGCCAAUCCGUCCGUGAGAUAGCCCCCAUGCUAUACCAAUGCAUCCCCAAGCGGCGAUGCAAGACGAGAACAGUGGCAGAAGGCCUGGACGGGAACACUUGGGCCCGCGAUAUCCAGGGGACCCUCGGGAUACACGAGAUUGGCCAGUACCUGAUGCUCUGGCAGGCGGUACAGCAUUUCACCCUCUCAGACGAACCCGACCGGCUGCUCUGGAGAUGGACAGCAAGCGCCACAUACUCGGCCCAGUCUUGCUACGCCGCCACAUUCCAGGGAUCUACGCGCUGCCAUUCAUGGAAGCUGAUUUGGAAGAGUUGGGCGCCACCCCGCGUCAAAUUCUUCCACUGGCUUGCUAACCAGGACCGAUGUUGGACGGCGUCGAGGCUGGCCCGCCGCGGCCUGCAGCACCACCCUAGGUGCCUCCUUUGCGACCAAGACCCGGAGACCAUCCAACACCUGCUCCUGGCGUGUCCAUUUGCUAAGCAGACUUGGUACAUCAUCCUGGACUGGGCGCAUAUACCUGCCCAACCGCCAGCCAACGAAAUUACCAUGAUGGACUGGUGGCUGCGUGCGAAGGCACAGACCCCUCCUACACUAUGCAAAGCUCUGCAAUCGAUCACACUGCUCGUCCCCUGGAUGAUCUGGAAACAGAGGAACGAAUGCGUCUUCGACAAUGCAAGACCGUCGAUAGAUGCGCUAGAUGAUAGGAUUAAAGACGAGGCCAAAUGUUGGGCAAAAGCUGGGGCACAGGGGCUGUGGGUUGUCUUGCCCGCCUCCUGGGAUGUCCACUGAUCAGGUGCUAGGACUCUGUAAAUAUAACCUCCUAGGAGGCAUGUACUCUCUCCCAUCUUUUCAAUGCAAUGAAACGCAAAAAUCAUUUUGCGUUUACUCAAAAACUGCAUCAUAGAUAAGGAAAGGUUCAUCCCGGAGCACCAAGGACAAAAUCUAUACAUAUUUCUUCAAAUAUUAGCUAUGGUGCACCUGCAUAAUAUUAUAAAAUAUUAGUUAUGUAUCGGAUGUACUCCCUCCGUUCACAAAUAUAAGAUGUUCUAACUUUUUUGUUAAUCGAUUGUAUAUAGACACGUUUUAGUGUGUUUAUUCACUCAUUUCAAUCCGUAUGUAGUCUAUAUUGAAAUAUCCAAAACAUCUUAUAUUUGAACAGAGGGAGUAUUUUAUAAUGAAAUGGACUGUGCUUCG